AUGCCGCCCGGUUGCCUGAAGAGAUGCGCAGCGCUGUGUGCGUGUCUGAUGCUGGUACCCCACCUGGCGCAAGGGGAGCCCAGCAACUGCAGUGAUCUGGUGGAGUAUGGCCUCAAGCCUGACAACCGCUGCUGCUAUGAGCGCCGCGCCUACGUGGAGCUCCGAACCUACACGUGGAAGUUCUUUAUGGGCUUGGCCGUCGUUCCCUGGACGCUCUUUCCCAACCGUGGCGGGAUGCUCUCAAGUGGCCUGCAGCACGUGCAGUACGGCGGAUGCAUCGCCCUCGGCGUGGCCUUUUCGACCAUCCUCGAGUGCUCGCUCGCCAUCGUGGCGGCCUUGCCUCUCUGGGGCCUCAUGGAGUCUGCCACGGUGCUGAGCGAACCCACCUUAUCCAUUGCGCUCGCCGAUCUCAGAGCCAGCAUUAGCUUCGUGCUGACCUUCUCCCUGGAGGAGAGGCGAGCCUGGCCCUGGAAGAGGGCACUGACUCACGCCUACUUGCUGGUGAAGGCUGUCGAGGAAAGGGUGGGCUUCCCACAACUAGUCCGAGACCUUACAUGGCUCUCCCGCCGGCUCGGGACGGAUACCGUUCCAGUUCCGCCCGCCACGAGGCUCGAGAAGUGGCAGUUUGUCGGAAACAUCCCAAUGGUGGUGCUCAAAGCAUGGCAGCAGCAAGAGGCCCUGCGGGAUUGCCUGGCGGUCUUGGAGCGUGCCAAGGUGCAGCACUUCCCCACUGGAGGCACGCUCGUGGGUCUUGUUCGCUAUGGUGAGCUGCAAGGACAACUGAGUGGUGGGAAAGUAGACGUGGUAGACAGGGACAUGGAUUGGAUGGUGCGUGCGGAAAGUCUCGACGCAUGGUUCCUACUGGCGAAGAAAAUCAGCGAUGCGCUCAUUGCCCGGGGGUGGCUUCGCUGCGAGCUACUGCCUUCUUUGACCGAAGUGAACGUGUGGGCUGGUCAGAAGCAGCGGAUGAAGUGCAUCCGCCACCUUCCAUAUCUGGCAGUUGCCGAUUUCGAAGCAUAUUCUGUAGAUGGCGAAUCCUUGCAGACGGGCUUCUGUGAGUGCGAGUAUGGGAUGGCCAUGGUCGAUGCGAGGCAGGAGCCUGGCUGCCUUUGCUCCGGGAAGGCUUACUCUCUGGAGAACGUGCUGCCGCUGCAGUCCUGUCGUGUGCACAAGGCGAGUGUGCCUUGCCCACGUCGGCCAGCUGCGUAUUUGGCGGAGGUCUUCGAGAUCAAAAGGUGCCUGGCUCUGCCCACCCUGACGGAAGGGCGUGCGCCCAACGACGAGCGGAAUCUGAGGCUUCUGGAGGAGGGGCUGAAUGCCUCGGAUGUGCAUCUGCUCCGCCGGGCGGCAGCCAAAUUGAACAAGUCUGGCUAUGCUUCCUUCUUGGCCGAUUUCGCUGACUGCAGCCAGAAUCUCUUCGCAAGAACCCCAAGACAGUUCCUGGCCCUGCUGCGUGGUUGGAGCCGGAGGGCGGGCAACGACAUCCGGCUCUAUUUGGUGGACUCCGCAGGGGCGGAUGAUGUGAGCAACUGCAGCGCGAUCUGCGACGACGCCUGCGCCUUCCAGGGCAGUGGCCAGCGCUUCUUGCAAGAGGUUCGGGCCAUGCGGCAGGAGCUCCUGUUCCGCUGGACUCCUGCCACCCCAUUGGGGGGUCAGGUAGAGGUGGACAACUACGAGGCCCUGGCCGUCAUCCCGCCCGCAGCAUUUGGGUACAGCUCAGAGGAGGAGCUCGGAGGUGUUGCUGUGCUGCUUGUGAACGACAACAACGACAACCCGCGCCAGAUUGGCACGCAGCUCGUGCUACUUCGCCUGGCCUUUCAAGUUCCUUCCGAGCCCGUCAGUGGCCUCCUGCCACAGCUGGAGACGGGCCUCUGGCUCCUGGCCGCGGCAGCCGGGCUAUUGCUGCUCGCUCUGGUCUACUACGUGCGUCGUAGGUCGGCCAGGCACGUGCGAUUCCAGGAGCACUUGCAGCUGUUUGCGCGAUGCUUCCCUGAGACCUAUCCCUUCGGCUACGGCAAAUGCUGCCGCGAUCCGGGUGGCCGGUGGUACAAAGACCACAUGGAUGCUCGGUUCGAAAAACGCUUGGUGGUAACCUCGGCCCUGCUCGGGCCGAGGCUCAGGGGCCUGCCCUUCGCCAGCGAUUCGGCGCCGGCGGCGCCCGUGGAGUUCGACCUCCCGGUGGCUGGGCGGCUGAGCCUCCGAACGAGCUCGGAGGCCGACGCCUCCGAACCCUCCGGCUCCUUCUGGCCGGCCGGCUGGAUCUUUGCGCGCCUGGCCGAGGAUCUCCAGGUUGCCGUGCGAGACGGCCAGGAGUAUGGCUGGGAAGCUGGUGCGCAGCUGCUGCAGCCUCUGCUGCGUGGAGAACUCAGGGUGUUAGACGUCAGCUGUGGCUUCGGGUUGAGUUCCAUCGCCGCUGCCCGCGCCGGGCACAACGUCACUGCCACUGAGAUGUCGCGGCAUAUGCUGCAAAUUGCGGGACGCAAUGCGCAGCGGAACAGUGCCAAACUCCGCUUGCUGCGCUGGGAGCUGCUGGGUGACGCGCCCACGCCGUCGACCCUAGGGGACCAGCGCCACGCUCCCGCGGGCUAUGCGUUCGACCUUUGCUUGGUGGACAUCACCUGGGCGGGCGCACGAUUCCGUCAGCUGCAGCACGGGUCCAUCCCAGAGGAGGAACUGGCGCCGACCGUGCAGGACAUCCUCACCGACGCGCUGCGGUGGCUAAGUCGCCGGGGCGGGUGCCGUCUUCACGCGUUCAUCGGCCACACCGCCGUCCAUGGCGCCACGGCCUCUGGUGAAGAAAGCCUCGACUCCUAUGCCUUCGACAACUACACCGCCGAGCUGGUCCGCGGCUUGGAAGAGUUCGGCGCCGCGUUCCGACGCGGGUCUGGGCCGCGCGUGCCUACCGUGAGCCCCCUUGGCUGGCUUGAGAAAGUUGGCUGGACACCUCCCAUCUGGUACCGCCUGAUUCUGUGGUAA